AGGAGACAGAGAAGAAGAAAUCAAUGGCCAGUGAAAUGACGACCAAACAGCAAUGUGAUGUGAGAGUGGUGGAGGGGGAAGAGGAAGAGAAGGAGGAGGAGGAGGAGGAGGAAGGGAUGGUGUGGAGUGUGUCCUACAGACAGCAUUCGGAGCCAUCCACAGAGACAGAUGGUCCCAGCAUCACUUGCUGCGACAGUUCAGUCCACAGCAGAACCUGUUCCUGUCUCUCUCACGACAGACGGGAGCGGAUUAGGACGCCGAGGGCCGGGACUGUGGAGAAACUGGUGGAGUAUCUAGCUCCUUACAGGACGGAAUGUAGACGUGUCCUACAGGACAUGCUUCCUGUCAACCUAUCGUACUUUCAUGACGGCAGGCAGACUCAUAGAGCUAUUGAAAGAGAGGUUAACUGCCAUGACACCGGUUCCAUCUGAUACUGCACAGGAGGCCGCCGAGAAAGCCACAGUUCAAAAGUCUGUCGUCUCAUUCAUUCGGCAGUGGUUGGAGACGCAGCGGCUGGAUUUCUACUCUCCCCCGUCCCACCCUGUCCUCCGCGACCUGGAGUCGCUGGCUGCGGUGUGGGGGGAGGGGCUCGCCCACACCCUGGCCGACACCAGGAAGGAUAUUAAGAGGAAAACCCUUUCAUUAGACGGAGACAAGUUGCUGGGGGAUGUGAACCCAUCGUGUAAGAGUAAUGGAAGAAAAACAUGUAUGGCCUCAUUAUGUUGUAUAAUUAACACGAUAAUUAUAGCACAGUAUAAUUACUAAAAUUUUGUUUCUGCAAAUAAACAUGGUAAUUAAGUGUCCUGUGUUCCUGCAGUGUGGCUGGGGUCGGCAGGUGGAGGUCAGCAGUUUUCUCUGUUCUCCCUGCCAGCCAUGGAGUUUGUUCAUUGUCUCACCUCCGAGGACAAGUAUAUCUUCACGAGUGUGGUCCCUCACGAGUGUCUGGGGUAUGCGAGGUCUCCUCGUUCAGCACAUGCCCCUACCAUUAGAGCUGCAAUCAAUCACUUCAACAGGGUUUCACUGGUAACUAUGGCAACGGUGCUGGGAAGCGAGGGUGGACCAGAGGAAAGGGGGCGUGUCAUUGGUCGUUGGGUGGAGAUUGCGCAACACUGUCGCCAAGUGAAGAAUUUUAGUUCCCUGCUGGCAGUGUUGAGUGGUCUUCAGUCUGGCCCGGUGUUCAGGUUGAAGAAAGCCUGGGAGAAUGUGUCCAGAGAGAAGAUGGUUCUGUUAGAGGAGCUGGCCCAACUCUUUGCAGCCACUGACAACUUCUACCUCAGUAGAGACCUUCUCUUCAGGGAAGGAACCUCAAAACACGUGGAGAUGAAUGGGAGAAGAAAGAGACCUCACUCGCAGGGGAAGGCGAUGGGAGUCAUUCCCUACCUAGGGACCUUCCUCACUGAUCUCACCAUGACAAACACUGCAUUUCCUGAUACCAUUCACUCCAAGUCAGGGGCUGGUAGGGAGGUGGGAUUGGUAAAUUUCGACAAGAGAAGGAAAGAGUUUCACAUUCUGGCUCAGCUGGGUCUGUACCAGAAGUCAGCCUCUCUCUACUCCUUCCCUCACAGUCCCAGCCUCGUCCACUGGCUCUCCUCACACCCCACACUCUCACUUCAACAGAGCCAUGAGCUAUCUCUGGCCCUGGAGCCAGACCAAACCCCUCUCCUCCUCCACCCUCCACCUCCUAGCACUGAGCUCUCCCCAAGACACACCAUCAGGAGAGCUCUCAGGGUAGUGUUCAGGGCUGCAGUUGGUGACUCCUCACAGUUUGCCAAAUUCUUCACAUCUGGAGCAGCUGAGUCUCCAGUCACUGAGGUGAGCGGAGAAAAAUCAUGUCAUCUACCCUCCAAUCUGAGACAUGGCCAGAGCAGUAUCUCCACCACCCAGUCCUCCUCCUCCUCCUCCCCCACCUCGAGGAGGGUGAGGGUGGCUGUGGAGGAUAGCUCCGUUUGUCUCUAUCGCACCAUCUCAGUCUCUGAGUCCGACAGAGCUGGUGCUGUCGUCAAGGAGGCCAUGAAGAAACACGGAAUUAAGGAGAUCCCUCUCAUUAUCACUUGCAGUUGGCCAGUCGUCUUAACAAACGCAGCAGGCUGUCUUGUGAUGCCAACGUCUUUUAUGCUCUUGGAGACACUUCAAUAUUGAUAUUGUGCAAUAAUAAUCACAUGGGAACAUAACUAAAAUUCACUUUCACAACUAGCAUUCACUUCCAGCUUUGAACAAUAAAAUAUUGUCGUUGGAAAAUUAACCGCAACGCCCACGAAUAAUCAUUACAUUGCGUCUGGAGCGUCGUCUGGAGCGAGGGAAGAUGGUGUCUAAUUUAUUAGCUGGAAAGAAGGAGAGGGUAGCUCAGUAGUAUGCCUGGCUACAGAGACGUGACUCCUGUGGAGCCACUGAAGCCUGGGCUGUUAUGUUCUGAGUGCAACUUACUGCUGAAAGAGCCCGUGCAGACGGGGGAGGGAGAUCGCCUCUGUCGCUCCUGCUACGAUGAUAUCAAAAAGAACGGAGUCUCCCAGAAUGGCAUAAAACUCGGAGAGGAACCGUGUUAUCCUGACCGAGCCGUGGGUAAAGAGAUAACGCAACUCAAAGUAAGGUGUGCUAACUACUCAAGCGGGUGUCCCUGGCAAGGAAAGCUACAAGAGUAUGAAGAUCAUGAUUGUCAGCAUAAGCCUCAAUUGUGCCCCAACGAAGGCUGCGGGGAGAUGAUCUCCAAGCCCGAGUUCAAGACCCAUUGGACUAAGAGAUGCAACUAUAGAAAUGUAAAUUGCAAACACUGCAAGGAAAAGAUGAUUGCUAAAGACCUGGAGGCUCAUUAUGUGAGGUGCCCGGAAUAUCCAGUGAAGUGCGAGAGAUGCUCGCAAUCUGUCAAGAAAAGUGGCCUUGAAGAUCACGUUGCAAACCACUGUCAAUUUGUUGAAUGCUCUUGUGGGGACAUUGUGAAGCGGAAGAACUGGGAAACUCAUUUCAGGGAAGAUGGGGCACUGUUCAAGCAUAUGAGCUCCUUACAGCACCUCCUUAGAUCUUUACACAGCUCACAUAGACAACUCUAUUCCAAGUUGGACGAGAAACAGAAAUUAAUGGAAGUAGAAACCACUGCUACUGGAGAACUGUCGAGAGUAGAGACUGAACUAAAGGCUUUUCAAAGUCAGUAUGAAAACCGCCUUACAAUACUACAAAAGAAGCUCGGUGCAUUAGAUACCGUGAGAGGAGACAUUGAUUCCGUACGCCGUGACUGUUCUAAGCUGACGGAUACAAGUAAGACCAUGGGAGGGAGGCUUGAAGCCCAGGAAGACAAGUUGAAACAAGUGCAGGGUCAGGUGGUUACAUCGAAGGGUAGACCAAGUUCUGGGGCAUCUCGGUACGGCGACAGUUUUCUCCGAUUCCAGGGAUGGCAGUUGUUGAAAGAAAGAUUGAGGAGUUAGAGAGACAGAACACGAUGCUAAAGGUCCACGUAUCAGAGCUUGAGCUCCAACUGCAGGCUUCACUGGCUAGCACUCACAACGGCUCGUUCCUGUGGCGAAUCCCCGACGUUGCCCGGAGAAGGAGAGACGCGAUCGAAGAACGAAUCACGUCGAUAUACAGCCCUCCGUUUUACACCGGGCGGAAUGGGUACAAGAUGUGUAUUAGAGCCUAUCUGAACGGAGAUGGCAUCGGGUUCAAGACACAUCUCUCUCUCUUCUUUGUUCUAAUGCGAGGCGAGUAUGACCCGCUGUUAAAAUGGCCAUUUGAGCACAAGGUCUCACUAAUACUAGUGGACCAGGACCACAGAAAACAUAUUGUCCAGACAUUCAAACCAACUCCAGAGAGCAGCUCCUUCAAACGGCCAACUUCAGAUAUGAAUGUCGCGUCUGGAUGCCCGCAAUUUUCCAAGAGUGAUGUACUAGACGAAAAUAAUUACGUAAAGAGUGAUAUUAUGUACAUCAAGUGUAUUGUUGACGUAUCUCGCAUUUUUCACCCCUGAGUGUAUUGUGAUGACUAUUUUCCUUCGUGUGAGUGGUCACUGACUUCACAUGUGCCCCCUGUAAAGCUUC